AUGUUCCUCAGAAAGCUUACACUUGCGUUUGCCUCUCUUGUAUCUAUUUUCAGCAGCGUCGACACUCCUGGUGUCGAUGUCAGCUCCGCCCUCCUUCCCUUCCUCCCCACCCUCGUCAUCAUUCCCGAAGUUGUGCGCACGUUCCCCAUCUGUCUAUUCAACGAGGAACCAAUUUCGAUUGGUUUCUCUCGCGCGAAUUGGACCACACCCUCAGUCAUCGGUAUUCCUACCCUCGACUGGGGAGCGAGCCACCUCGCUCAUGUCCAGGACCAUAAUGUCUCAGUCACUGACUGGGAAAAGUGGCUCAUCGUCGCUGGCGAGGUCUUUCAAGAAGGAAACGUCGAUUAUCUGGUCUACGUUCUGCACGAGGCCCAACAGUAUCUGGUAUCCGUGCAGUUUAACAUAAGCGACCUCGAAUGUCUCGUGUUCUUGCUCGACGUCUCCUUCGUCGAACUCGUCACUGUCCUCGCCCUUCUCAUUCUCAUGGAGUCUUCGCCGUUUUUCGAAUGCGCGUUCCGCAAGGUGCUGUCGAUGCGUCGUCAAAUUUUAUAUGUCGUCGACGAGAGCAUGAUCCUCGCUGGUGUCUUACUCGCUACUUGGCCUCGUAUCCUCUGCCAAACACUUGGGUCUCUCAUUCCCAUAGUCGCGUCGCAAGUUUUAUACCUUUUGAUCAAAUUUGACCGAUUCCUUACCUUGGGAAUUGACGCCUUAACCAUACGGCCCAUCCUGGUCCUCAGCAGCAAUGCAGUGAUUGUAGGAUCAAAACUUGGUAUCAUCAUUCGAGGCAUUGCCCUUCAGAAUCUCCACGUGACCAAGUCAAUUCGGUCGAGUCUAUCAACCACAUUUCGGGCAAUCAUCCACGAACUUUCAUCCAAAUCGUACUGUUUGUUCAGCAUGGUCCGGACUGCGCUUGUAUUAUCCAUUUUCAUCAUCGUCUGGCUGUCAUAUAAAACUGCCAUGUCCAUAACGGACAAAGUCCACCCACUUGCAAUUAAAUUGCACCAUUUCCUCGGCUUGACUGCAAUCCGUGUCUUCACCGUUACCUGGAUCACCAACAAGACCAGUACUCUCGGAAUCACUACGGCACGGCCUCUCGCCAACCACACUCGCCGAUUCAAGGCAACCAUUUCAGCCCUAAUUAAGAAUCGGAUUAAAGCAUUUCUCUUCACGAUUACGUUCGAAGGAGCCACUCUUCUCUUCGAAGUCGCCAAUCAUGAAUUUGUCGAAAAACUCACCUGCUCUGGUCUCGCCAAGGUCGAAUCAACCCACCAGCCCAACACCGACACCGACGCUGAGCUUCCUGCGCCAACCCCAUACAUCCGCCAAAGCACACGGACUCGCGAAAAGAAGCGGUACCGGAGAGGCAAACAGGUGAAGAUUGACCUUGGCGAGAAGAAGAAGCACGGCCGCAAGAGGGCCUAA